AUGAAUCAAAACUGCAAUCAUUUACAACAGGCAUCUCAACUUCAACAUCAUGGUCGAAUAAAAUCAAAACGUAUAUUAUCAACUCAAGAACGAGAAGAAAAACAACGUCAACAACGACUUCAAAAUAUGGCUUUUGAACAACGCUUUAAUAUGGAUCUGGAAGAAAAACUCAAAGAUUACGAAUAUAUAACAUUUAUAAUGAGUGACAAAACUCAUUCGAAAGAUAUAACAUUUCAGACACCACGUCAAAAUGUUCAACAUGUUGAAGUUGAAUUACAUUCGUCAAUAGAAGUGGUAGUACCUGAACAAUUGCAGGAACAAGAGAAUAACAGGAAAAAAAAAUGCCGUGGUGACCGUAAAAAACAACGUUAUCGACGACAACUGCAUAAUCAAGGUUUAAAUUCAGCUACGGUGACAAAGUUAGUUGAGGAAAAAUUUCCUUCGGCAGUACAACAAAAAGAAAAUAAAAAGACCCUCAAAGAACAUGACCUAAAAAAUAUUGAAGUCUCUAUCUCAUCAAACCAAACUACAAAGUCACAAAGAAAUAAUGUUAAUAAUAAUGCUACUAUGGAUAUGGAAACAAAACGAAAAAGAAUUUUGUUAACACCAACACCAACAGCAGAAACAAUAUCAAUACUUGAUAAACCAUUAAGUCAAUUAUCAAUAUCACAAGGAGUUGCUAAGAAGACCAAAACAACUACAGUAGCUGAAACAACAUCGAUACUUGAUAAAUCUUUUAGUCAAAUAUCCAUGUCAGAAGAAAAUGCUAAGAAAACUAAAGCAACAAUUGCAGAUAAUCAAGUCUACAAGGAACAUAACGAGCUAUCCCAGAGUUAUUUAGAAAAUUUUAAGCCACGUUAUUUAAAAGUAUCUAAUCGAAUAUUUAAACAAAUGUUAUCCGAUGCUAUUGAAAAUGCUUCCAAAUUAAUUGUAUCUUUAAAUACUUCUGAAAAACUUCAUACUGUUCGUGAAAUGACUGAAGUAACAAAUAAUUUAUAUUUUAAAGAUUUUCAAGAAAAACUAUGGCAAGAAUAUUAUAAUAUAAGUUUUCAAGACAAUAAUUGGGAAUCCAAAAUAACUAAACACUUUGCUCGUCAACACAAUACAUGUCAAAUGUAUAGACCACGAAAAUCUUAUAUUCAAGAACGUUUUGCAACAAUUGCCAAACAAAAAGAACGAAUACGAAAACAAUUAGAUGAAUAUUUAAACAAGCUAUUACAUGAUGUACAAGAAUGGCAGCCACCUAUCGAUGGAUAUCUAUUAACAAAUGCCAUUAAUGAAUGUGUUCUACAUAGUCAAAAACGAUUAAAAGAAGAAUUUCAAUAUAAAAAAGAAAUGUUAAAAUUAGAUUCGAGUGAUCAUCAAUUACUUAGAAAAUUUUAUGAAUUAAAACCUAAUGAAGAACUUAUUCAAUUAGCUCAACAAAUUUGGCAAGUAGCAGCUGACGAACAAAAAACGAAAGAACAACAAGAAAUACUUCGACAACGUAUUUAUUUAAAACGAUUACCAAGCAAAACAGAUCAGAUGAUAAAUCAAUUACUUAAUGAUAGUCGAAUAACACUUUCCAAUCCUUUUCUUGACCCAGAUCAACGUGCUAGUUUUGCAUCACGUUGUUCAAAAACAAUCAUACAAUGUAAAUUUAAUUUAAUGAUUGUAGAAUUGGACGAAUUUGCAAUUGUUACACAUCGUUACGAUCUGACAUUAACUAAUUUAAAAGAAAAAUUAUUAAAUCUUAAUAAGGAAAAUCCACUUGUUUAUAAAACUGAAUUGAAAGAUAUCAUUGAAGAACGUCGACAAGCAAUGAUACAACGAUUUAUACGAAUGCGUCAACAUAAAUUGAAGACUUUUUUCGACCAAGCUCCGACGGUGGACAACAACUAA